AUGCCAGAUGUUGUCUACAACAGAGGUUGGGAGGAACAUCUUCACCAUCUGGAGGCAGCCGCCCUAACAGCAAAUGCCUCCAAGGGUUUACUAGCCCAAGAGGAGGCCGACUACCUGGGGUAUACUGUUGGAAGAGGAAAUGUGAAACCACAAUCCAAGAAGGUUGACUCUAUACUUUCCUGGCCCCAGCCCCGAACCAAGAAGCAAGUAAGGACCUUCCUUGGGCUUGUCAGCGACUACCGACCAUUUAUCCCUAGUUUUGCCACAAAAGCGGCCCCCUUAACUGAGCUGACCCGCAAGUACCACCCAAACCAGCUAAACUGGACUAAGGAAGCAGAGCGGGCUUUCACCGACCUAAAGCAGGCUCUCUGUGGGCUAUAA